AUGAACCUUAUGGUUAAUGAAGAUAUAAUAGAAAUAACUCAGUUUGGAUAUGAAGUAAUUAAAGAGUUAGGUAGAGGAUCUUUUGGAGUAGUUUAUUUAGGCAUUAAGUAAGGAGAGGAGCUUGCUAUUAAAACAAUAAAAAAGGAUAAAAUACAAAGAAGCCAAAAGCUGACAGAAUUAUUAGAUUCGGAAAAGUAGUUAUUAAGCACUAUUAAGAGCAAUCAUAUAACUAAGCUCUUUGAAUUUUUCGAAACUGAUAAAAAUUGCUUUCUUGCAAUGGAGUAUUGUAACGGAGGAACAUUAGAAAAGUACAUUUAAUAAAAGAAGCUUAUUUCUGAAAAGGAAGCUAAAGGAUAUUUAAUUCAACUUUUAAGCGGAUUUAAAGAUUUACAUUCUCACUUAGUCAUUCACAGAGAUAUAAAAUUAGAAAAUAUAAUGAGACAUUUUCCGAAUGGAUAAACUGGGAAUGAUACAUAUGAUAAUAAAAAUGUAGUUUUAAAAAUAGCUGAUUUAGGACUUGCGAAAGAAAUGAAAGAUGAAAUGAUUGCUCAUACCUAUGCUGGAACAGUUCUAACUAUGGCACCAGAAAUUUUAAAAUAAAAAUCAUAUGGGUUUGAAGUAGAUGUCUACUCUCUGGGAGUUAUUUUAUAUUAUAUGGUGUAAGGCAAGUACCCAUUUUAUGAAAAUAAUGAUACAAAAUUGCUUCAAAAAAUAAAGGAAUAAAAUAUUUAAUUUAAAGAUGAAAAUCCUGUGUCUUUAGAAUUUUAGGAUUUGAUAAAGUAAAUGCUUAAAUACAAUAAAAAACAAAGAAUUACAUGGAGUGGCAUAAUCAAUCAUAAAGCUAUAUAGCCUGAAAAUUAAUUAACUGUGAGCUAGAGGUUCGACAAAUGUUAAAAUGAAGAAAUUAGCAGUUCUAAAGUGGGUUUUGAAAAGAUAUCUGAUUUAUAUGAAAUUUAAAAUAAGCUUCCUCAAUACCAAUGCAAACAAAAACUGAUUCCAAUAACUUAAAAUAACUUCGUUAAUAACUAUUUAGCUAUAGAUACUGAUAAUUCUAAUAAACUUGUCAUAGUAAAGCAAGUUAUUUCAGAUUACUACACUUUGAAAGAAUACAAUUAAACUGCUGAUUAAAUUAAGCAAGUUUUUAAAAUUAUUUAAAAGAUUAAUUAGGAAAAUAUUUUAAAGAUUAAUUUAAUUACCAUGAGUAAGAAUAAAUUUUAUAUAGUCUCAGAGUAUUUAAAAUAUGGAAAUUUAUAAACAAUUAACUCUACAAAUAAAAAGUUUCUCUAACAAGAAAUAUUGCUUUUACUUAUAAAUAUUCUUAUUUCUUUAAAAUGGCUUCAUGAAAAUGGGAUUAUACAUAGAAAUAUCAAUCUAAAGUCAAUUUACAUAGCUAAGCUUAAUGAAUCAAUCAAUUUUAUAACUUAAUUUAAGUUAGGAGGCUUUAAAAAUUGCUAUAAAUUUGAGCAAAGGUCCUCUUAUGCUAAAAGCAAAUACAAGGGAAUGAAUUUUUAUACAGCUCCAGAAAUAUUAAGUGAUAAAAUAUACACAUAGACUGUAGAUAUUUAUUCUUUGGGUGUGGUUUUACAUGAGCUUGUGUAUGGAUAUGUUCCAUACAUAGGAAACACCAAAUAAGAGCUGAUAGAUAAUAUUUACAAUCAAAGAAAAAAUCAUGACACUGAAGUUGAAGGUUUUAGUAAAGAAUUAUUGGAACUUAUUGAAAAAAUGAUUAUACCAGACCCAAAAUAAAGAAUUAAUUUUGAAUAACUAUGGAGUUAAGAUUUAAUUAUUAAAUAUCUUAAUAAAAAAAAAGAUAUAGCUUUAGAUAUACAAAAUUUUUACCAAUAAUAAUCCUCAAAAUAUUAAUUCUAGGUUAGUAAAUAUGUUAGCGAAUCUAGUUUUUAAUCUUUACUUCAAAGUAAAUUUGAGUUUUCUUAAGAAAAAAUUUGUCUUUCAAAUGCACCAGAAAUCAACUAUUUUAAAAGAUUUAAAUUUAAAUAUAAUAAAUACGCAUAGUUAUUUAUAGAUAAAGAUUCAAAUUUUCCAGAUGACCUUAAAAUUAACGAGAAUUCUACUUAUUGCAUAAAAGCAAUAAAUAGUCAAUAAAAAAAUAUUGAGGAAUUCUUAGAGAAAUAAUAAAAGAAAAAUCAAAUUAAUUUGUAUGAGGAGGAUUUAAAAUUUAUUUAAUUUAAUGAUAACAUUAAAAUAUUGAUUGAAAAAGCUAAAUAAAGUCUCAAUUUUGAGCUUUGCAUCUAUUACUCCUAAGUCAAAUAGGAGUUAGCACUAAAAAAGUCAGAGUUCGACCAAACAAAAGAUAUAAAUAUUAAAAUGUAAAUUUUAAAAGAGUUAAAUACAAACUAUGAAAAAAUUAAUAUAAAAUCAUGA